AUGAGGCUGGAGCGCGGACGGCGGGCUUCUCUGGCGCUCACCCUCAACUUUGUGGCAUUUGUCUUCGCCCUGUCGGCUGUCACCACCAGCUACUGGUGCGAGGGCACCCGUAAAGUGGCCAAGCCCUUCUGCACCGGGCCGCCUGUCAAGGUCAAGCAGUUCUUCUGCAUCCGCUUCAACAGCUCCAACAUCAACGACAGUCGCCUGGUGCAGUACAUCUUUGAGACCGGGGAGGAGAAGUUCCUGCUCAAGAAGUUCCACACCGGCAUCUUCUUCUCCUGUGAGCAGGCUGCCGACAUGAACGGUUUCGACUGUCGGGACUUCUCAGAAAUUGCUCCAGAACACGAACGAGGAGUGCUGUGGCUGUGCAUUGUCGCCGAGACCUUGUACCUAACCCUGCUGUUCGCAGGCGGCGCCCUGAUGACCUUGGAGCAGUGUCGUUGCUUCAGCGUCAUGAAUAAACUCAAGCUGAGUGCCUUUGCUGCCUUAUGCACUGCACUGUCAGGCCUUUGUGGGAUGGUGGCCCACAUGAUGUUCACCACCAUUUUCCAGCUGGCCGUGGCCAUGGGUCCGGAAGACUGGAGGCCCAAGACGUGGGAUUACAGCUGGUCUUAUGCGUUGGCAUGGGGGUCAUUCGGCACCUGCAUGGGCUCGGCGGUGACAGCGCUCAACCGCUACACCAAGACCAUCAUCGAGUUCAAGUUCAAGCGAAGGAACAUUGAGAAGAGCCUGCUGGUCAAGCAGAAAUUGUUGGAGCUGGACCUUCCUGACCACGUGUGGUACAUGACAGCUGAUGCUGAGGCGCCACCGGAGCUGCCGCUCAACGGCCAUAAACCGUCCACGGGAACGGCCUUUGCCCUGGAAGUGGACCAUGUGGCUGAGUCACAAGGCGAGGCCUACUGCUAG